AUGUCGGAUAGAGAAGAUAGUUCAACGCAGUCUUCAUCUGAAUUCUCAGACAACUUCCCCUCCACUACCACAAUCAGCACCAUCGCAGUCCAAGCCGGACAAUCUAAGAUUAUCUUGGCAGUUCUGAGAUGUGGGGCUUGGAUCAAAGUACGAAUUCAAUGCAUGGAACCAGACCUCUAUGACAUCGGUUCGAGCUGCACCUCGGUGGAGGUGCGUGGCCUACUGGAGCAGCACGCCACCCUGGUAUCCAAGUUGGCCGCCAAGCAGGAGCAUAUAUCGGAGUUGCUUACGCGAGCCGAGGAAAUGGUAUCUCAGCAACCGACAGAAGGCCAGGCGCGUGUCUACUCAGCCAUGUCUGCCUCAUUGAACAAAGCCUGGCGUGAGCUGCUAGAUGUUCUUGGUAACCGGGGGCAUCUGCUGCACCUCGUCGUGGAGUGCUUCGAGAACGCUGAAAAUGUCCACGCAGCCGUGGCAAGAAUUAUUGAAGCCUCGACCUCCGGCGAGUGGGGCGAUUCAGUCGAGUCAGUGAAACGUCUCAUCGAGGGAAUGCUGGAGGCGGCUAAUGGAGCCAUCGAUCUUCUCACUCGAAUGGCUGCUCGCACCGGACAGACGCCUGAGUCCGGUUUGAGCCGCACGAGUGCUGAAACUCGCGAGCGCAUCGCCGCUGUCACCGGUGACGCCAAUGAGGCCCGUCGUCUAGCCGAGACAGCAUGGGAGCGACGCGCCCGCCUCCUACAACUUCGCCUCACUGUUGUCAGACUCGAAACCGAACACGAACAGGUCGUCGACUGGUUUGCCAAGGUCGGGGAGCCGCAGUUGGCUGCCGCCUUGUCAGGCAGUAGUCUUCAAGAAUGUAAAGCUGCCAUGGAGGCCCUCGUAAGUCUGGCAGCAGACGCUCGUGAAUAUCAGCAUGUCAAUUCGCGUUUGGUCCGUCAAGCUCAACAACUAAGCCUCCCACGCGGUGAAAGCGAUGCUGAAUCUGACAUGCUAAUGCAGAGUGCGCACAGGGACCUCGUGAAUCGAUUUGCCACUUCAGAGAAGUAUAUUUGGGAGUUCAUGGAUCGCAUAGAAUCAAGAAGGCGAUGUCUUCAAGCUAGUAUAAUCUUCUUCAGCGAGGCUAAAGUGCUUCUGGAAAAUCUUGGGAUCUUAGAAAGGGAAAUCGACGCGGCGAAAUCAAGACAGGAGAUUCGUGUCGACCUCUUCCAACGACUUACAGAGCUGGAAAUGCGAGUGCCGGGACUUCGGGAAAUCCUCAUCGACCUGCGAUCACGCGUAGAUGAAAGACCUUCAGCUGCGUCUCUGAAUCUGACCCCCACUGUCCCACUGGGACGACCCGUCUCUCCUCUAACUUCUUCUGCGGACGCCGCAAUGUCAGCGAAUUUGAAUGAAAUAGACGAAACCAUUAAACGAUGCCGCAUGGCGUGCAGUGGACUUGUUGAAAGAGACGCAAAAGAUCGGCAAUUAAGGGAAAUCGACAAUAACCUAACCGCGCUGUGGCGAUGGACGGAGGAGACUAUCCACAGGGUCCUGGAAACUAAUCAGUCGCCAGGAACAACUAUUUCGUCUGUUUCCGAUUUCGAGGACCUCCACAGACGCCUAGACAGACAGAUGACCUCCCACGAUCAUCAACUUUCUAACCUUCAAACCUUAAUCUCAUCACUUCCUGCAUCUGCAGAAAAGCAAAGUUUCCAGCAACGUCUUGAUGAAAUCACGGAGAUCUGGACACGCUAUCGUCGAACCAUCACUAUUCGCUUGCGGACAGCAAAUGAACUCAGUCGAUUGCUUAAGCGCAUUCGAGAAGACGAAUGCUACUAUCUAGCCGUGAACGACCGGCUCAAGUCAAUGGCAACCGGAAUUCCACUACUGCAAGGUCACGUAAACUUGCACGAAAGCCAGCCAUUGAAGGAAGGCGAAAUAGCCCGCAUUCAGGCAGACCUGAUGGACGUUCAAUCGCGAUUGGAGUCGCAACAGGAGGCAUUGAAACAGGCAUUGGAGGAACUUGACGAGGCCAUAGCCAACUCGAGGGCUCGCAUGGCGCGCACACCGCUUCCACGAAGUGGACCGGCCGCGGAAGCGGCUCUGGCCGAGCACACGCGUGACGGCGAACACAUCACACAGCUGAUCGCCGAAGUAAACGCCAAGGCCAACACCCUCGCCUCUCUUGUUGGCGCUGAACCUGCUGGCGCAGACGCACCUUCACGCGUACGCCGGUACACCGAAGUCCCCUACGCGACACCGGGUCCUGGAGAAAUCGAAUUGGCAAAGUCUGUACGAUCCGAGCUCUGUGUUGCUACCGUCGGCCUCGAACAGCGAUCAAGUGAUUGGGAAAACAUCUACUGUGCGCGUAAACAUGCGUUAGAAGAACAAAUAAGCAGGACGACAGAACUUGAUACACUCGAACGCGACCUUCAAGAGGCCGAAACAGAGCUUCGGCGCAUCAUCUUCACAGUGAAUCUUGAAACCCCACUUCCACAGGUUGAGCAUGCUUAUGAAAGUCUUCACAAUCUUGAACUUCGAAUUCCGGAACUGCAAGGCCGUGUGCGAAGCACCGCAUUUCUUCCUGGCAUGAAGCCAGUUAGAGCACCAUCCGAUCUUCUUGAAAUUAGCUCUCCCGACGUGACGACCUUGGAAGAAAAGCACGAGCAGCUGGACUCGCGUGUGUCCAAUUUGGCAGCGGAGGCUGCUAAAUGUCGCUCGGAGAUUAAUCUGACGCUUCAGUUGCUGCGUGCUGUGCGUGACGCCGAAAAUCAACUCACGAGUCUGACAAUGGAAUUAAGUCGCAGCAGUGACCAGUUGAGACACCUUGCACCUGACGACCAAAUGCAGAUGCGACAACUCGUCUCUGAUUUAGAGACUCAACUAGACAACGUGGAGCAAUAUGCUCAACAGCAUGUGCCCCAACUUCAGGCACUUGCUGAGCAAUUUCCAGGUGAUGAUGCGCGAAAGAAGGUCCAGCCAAUCGUUGCUCGUUUCCGUGAUUCCGCCCAGGCCAUGUCUGAGCUAGCGCAGAAUGUCCGUGUACGAUCCGAACAGUUUGUCGACCUUGUCCGUCUUCAAGGGCCUCUGGUUCAAGCAGUGGAAACGAUCAGAAGCCACCAGAUGGUCACUCCCCAACCUGGACCCCCCAAAAUCCUCAAACCACUGCCCAACAUGCAUGUUGCAGAGGGCACGAGGGUGAUUCUUGACACCACAUUCGACGCAGGCAUUCCGCAAGGUUACUCCAUGGCAGUCGACAUUGAGGGUACUUGGUACAAGGACGGUAUCCCAGUGACCUCUCCCGAUUACCGCACAAAGAUGGACCAUCACUCAGCGAGUCUGGAAAUCGAAGAAACGUUCGGAGACGACUCGGCUGUAUUCACAUUCCGCCUGAAAACGCCAUUUGGAGAGGCGGAGACCUCUGGCUCCCUGGUAGUUUCGGAAACGCACAAAUCGAUAGGUUCAAUCGAGGAGGAUGUGAUCACUCCAACAAAACGUCGACGAUCACAACAAGCGAUUCCAUUCCCUGUGUGUGACGAAGAAAGCGGAGAGCCUCCGAGGUUUACGAGACCACUUAGAUCAAGCGAAGUCAGAGAGAACGAGGCCGUUAUGUUGGAGUGCCAAGUAACUGGUACCCCCAUUCCAACGAUAGAGUGGUUCAAAGACGGUAUCAGCAUUGACAACAGCCCCGAAUAUGUAGUCCUUGAAGUUAACGGAUCCUGUGCAAUCAAGAUCCGCAAGGCAAAUAUCUCAAUCCAUGAUGGAAACUACACAUGCAGGGCACGGAACCCACGUGGUGAAGCCGUCUCUACCUGUCAGCUUCAUGUAAUUCCAGUUGAGCCUCCUCGCAUCGUCAGUCCCCUCGUGGACAAGUUCGUACACGCAGGUCAGGCCCUCGAGCUCAGGCUAACUUUCAAGGGUACGCCGCCGGUACGUGCCGAUUGGUUUAUUAACGGGGUGCCACUGGAAUCGACUCCAAGUUCUGCCAUUCCAAGUCUUCUCGGCGACAGAGCGACAUUGAGGAUGCCUACAGUAAGUCCGCGUGAUGUUGCAGAGUACACCUGCGUUCUGACUAACCGCGCGGGUGAAGCACGAAAUUCCUGCCGUGUUGAUCUGAGGCCGCCGCGCGAGGACAGACAACUGGAACUUGACGGUUUAAUGGACACCGAGUCUGUAAUGCCGACACGUCGUCAACCAUCACAAUCCACCCUGCAAGACGGGUGGAGGUCACCAAUCGUCGGUUUGCAAAGAAGGGACGUCACACCAGUUCGACCCGAAUCGCUGGAUCGGGGAAAAAUUUCUCCUCACUCCGGGCUCUCUCCGGUUAGUGUGGAGGUCAGACCACCAUGGAGAGCUACUUCCCUUCCUCCUCAGACGUCAAACAUCUUUAGGACAGAACACCGUAGAGACUUGUUUGGACCUAAGCGUACCUUCUCUCCCGGCCAACUGCCUCCACAGUUUACUCAGCCACUUCACAAUGCUGCUGCAACCGAAGGUCAAGUUGUUCGUCUUCAAUGCCGAGUUCUGGGUCGCCCAAGGCCCCAAAUCAAUUGGUACAAAGAUGGCAUUCCUCUUGUGCCCGCCCCCAAUUUCACAGUUCAAUCGGAAGGAGACAGGCACUGGAUUGAAUUUAACGAUAUCUAUUUGGCUGACCACGGAGAGUACGUUUGUGUCGCAACAAACCCUGUUGGAGUUGCAAAAACUUCCUGCAGGAUGGACGUUGAACCGUUAUCAAGCGGCGACGAAUCAGUAGACAAGGCGCCUCAGGUUGUCAAGUCUCUUCCACGCUACUUGACCACCAACGAAGGGGAAGGAGUGACCCUCGAGUGCAGCUUUGUUGGCCGCCCGGAACCAUCGAUCACGUGGUACAAGGAUUCGGCGCCACUUGAGCCAUCUCCAUCCGUUGAAAUUUCCCAAAUUGGAUCAACGGCUGUAUUACACAUGCCGGAAUCAAGCGUUCAAGACGCGGGGGUCUACAAGGCUGUAGCUUCAAACCGAGUCGGAACUUGUUACUCUGAGAUUAAAUUAAACAUACUCCCCAGUGACAGGUCACCCCGCUCCCUGGAUACCUCACCCUUCCAAGAAGGACCUCCACGAUUCAUCCGACCCCUAAGAGACUUAUACGUUGAGCCUCGUGCACCUCGGCUCUCUCGCCUUGAUUGUUAUGUACUGGGAAUCCCCAGACCGACUGUUGAAUGGCGAUUCGCGAACCAGACAAUCGUGCCUGAGGAUCGGCGCUACCACAUCACCUCUGACCGGCCCCCAGGGGUGCACACUCUAACCAUUAUUCAACCGGACCAAGGUACUGCUGGUCACUACGAAGUCUUAGCAGAAAACAGGCAUGGUCGUGCCACGUGCUCUGCCACGGUCUACGUUCCACGUCAACGUUCGCUCUCCUCCAUAUCCACAAGCUCGCCGACUGUCUACGCAACACUGCCACGACAGAGCUUCACCCGCCCCAGUCAGAUUUCACCAUGGCGACAGGUCAGUCCCACUGCAUCAAUCCACGUUCUGCCAACCUACCCCAAGACGACGCGACGUUUCUCGCGCGAGAUAUCUGAACCACCACAGUUACGCAGUUACACCUCAACGACACAUCUACGUGUUCAUGAGCGGCAUGCAACGCCCCCUGUGCAGUUCACCUUCAGAUUGCCAAAAGAAAGAACUAUGAGCAAAACAGAAAUUUCAAGAACAAUUGAUUCCGUAGCUUCUCCUGCCUCACAAAUACGACAUGCAAGUAGCCUUACGGUGUUGAACAAUAUGCAAGUUUGUCCAGUCGUUCCACUUCAGGAGACAUCCGUCCAACACCGUAUUGCAGGUCAUCCACGUCUUAUGCCGGGCUACGUUUCUGUUGAGGACCUAAUGCGUCCCAUAGAAGUUGUUCCGAUGGUUCCUGUUUACGAAACCCAUCGCCAAGUAGAAGGUCCUCAGCGUAGGCUUCCUAUCAGCCGAACACCAUCACAGGACAGGUUCAAAGUCUUCGUUGAGGCGCCAAUUCGAGCCCAUCCGGAUCUCGAGCCCGGAACUGUGACAGAAGUGGUUCAUCACAAAAAUAUCCAGGUAACUCCGAUAAUACCGAUAUAUCGAACUCAACGGGAGACCUCUGUGGCUAGUCAGCCGGCACUGGAACCAGGUUACACAAGUGAAGGAGAAUAUGAACACAAACUCGAUGUCGUUCCAAUGGUACCGAGUUACAAGACUGAGACGGAACGCACCAUGCCCGCACGACCUCCUCUUGAGACUGGUUUUGAAGCAAAACUAAGCCUUGAACGCCAAAUGCAGAUUGAAAAGGAAAUUACGGAGAUGCGCUAUUUGACACAGAUGGAUAGAUCCAUGUCGGCGAAACCAAACCUGGUUCCGGGAUUUGAAACCACAGUGAAUGUUGACCACCCUAUGGACGUCGUUCCACUAGUUCAAAAACCGGAAGAACGGUUCCAGUCCUGCUAUUCGACCGACAUUAGUGUCCAGUAUGUUCCUGUCGACAUAGUCGUUCAGGUACCAACUCCUCCGAAGUUUACUCAGCAUCUCACCAAUGUCGUUGCCGAGGAGGGUUCUCAAGUAGUUCUUGAAGGCGUCGUAAACGGUAAACCUACACCUGCCAUCUCAUGGUUCCGCAAAUCCACGCCAUUGAAUGAAUCUCCCGACUUCCGUCUGGAAUACCGUCCGGAUGGGACUGUUCGACUUACCCUCAAAGAGUUUCGGGAAGAGGACGUUGGACCUUACCGUUGUGAAGCCACCAACAUUGCCGGAACGGCGGAAAGUUUUGCCUACCUGACUAUCACUGCAAGAGCGAUGGCACCUCGAUUUAUCAAAGGUCUCGAAAACACAACGGUCAUGAGCGGAGGUGCCAUCCGUCUGACAGUAAAAGUAGACGGCCACCCAAAGCCGGAUGUUAAAUGGACCGUUAACGGCUGUGAGGUCACCAGUUCACCCGACUUCAUCAUCGAGGAACUCACAGAGGGUGUGCAGACCUUGACAAUUCCACGCGCUCUUCUGACCGACACCGGCCGCUAUUCUGUGAUCGCAAAGAAUGAGGCCGGCGAAGCUAUCACGUCAGGAAUCGUUACUGUUCUCGAAUCACGGCCUCCAUUGACUGUGCCGAGUCCCAGAACUACGACCGAUGAAGUAGCCAGAACGGAGGUUUCUGUUCCCUUGGCAUCGCCGACUCCGGGACCGAUAGUCGCACCCAAUCCCCAAGGGCCCACCUUCACGCGGCCCCUGCCACAACGCAGAGUAGUCGACGAGGCAACACCCUUCACCGUCACAGUGGAGGCUAAAGGUAACCCAAUGCCCUUCCUGCAUUGGUACCGCAAUGGUAUUCCACUAGAGACGGGUUCCGACUGCAAGGUCUCUCAAUUCGGCCCUUACCUCGAAGACGUUGGCGCUAUUCAACCAGAGCCAGUGAGAAUGACUGGUGAACUCGAGAUUUUCGGAUCAACUCCCCUCGACGCGGGACUCAUCGUGUGUGUCGCCGAAAACGCCUACGGCCGUGCAGAGACAUCACUGCAACUAGACGUGAUUCCUAGACCCGAAUACAAUCAACCCGUGGCUCAACUACCUCCGCAAAGUCUUCCACAAAAGCCUUGGUUCACGAUUCCUCUGCAGCCAGAAAUCACUUUGCCAGCUGGAAGUCCGCUUACUUUGAUGGCCGAAGCAAUGGGUAACCCUAUCCCAUUCUUACACUGGUACCAAAACGGACAGCCGCUGGAAUCGACCCCAGAGCAUGACAUAACCCAAGUAGGGCCAGAACUGGCCAGUCCUGAGGCCAUUUUAGAUGAACCGGUUUCAAUGACUGGUCAUCUAGUCAUAAAUGAGCUAUUCUUAACUGAUUCUGGCACCUAUCGAUGUGUAGCGGAAAAUUCGGCAGGACAAGCGGAAACCUUCGUUAACCUGAACGUUAUUUCACCGCCGCCAUACGUUUCUUCCAUCUUCAAGUCAGGUCUGUUUGUUUUUGAAGCCAAACAACAGGGGCGACGGCCCGAAUUCCUUAAGCGACCAGCUCCGACCGUCUCGUGCAAAGUCGGAGAUACUGUUGUCUUGGAAGCAGAGAUUUCAGGUCAACCUCCUCCUAGGGUAUCUUGGUAUCGUAGUGGACUUGAGAUCUUCCCGGACGUCAAAUAUCGAAUGGAAGAAAGUGCAAACACUGGACUCUACCGACUAGUUAUUCAUUCGAUUUCACAAGAGGACAACUGUGAAUACAUGGUUCGCGCAUCCAACGCGUACGGAUCAGUCGAAUCAAUUACUCGGCUGACAAUAAUUCAAGAAUUCACUGAGAUGACUCGCAUCGACUUGACUAGACCACUAGCUCCGGUCACUGUGGAAGUUCCCUAUGUACCCACUGAAAAAACUGAACUUGCCGUUCAAGUUGAAGAGAAGUUCUCACCGGUCGUGUUGGAUGUAGAGCUAGCAACGCCCGAACGCCACUUCAGUGGUUUCGAAAUGACUCUAGAGAGACCGCCGGUUGAGUUUAAUCCAAUUCUAGUGGAGUUCCCACAUCCAGAAGGAAGUAGCCAACCGGCAGUAUUUGUGCGACACCUUCCUGAAUCUGUCACACUGGAUGAGAAUGUCCCGAUUAGACUGACUGCACAAAUGACAGGAGUUCCGCGGCCUUCAGUUAGUUGGCUGAAGGAUGGACAACCACUCGCUCCAAAUGAUCGAGUUUUUACUUCGGUUGAGCCCGACAACACAGUCUCAAUCAUGAUUGCUCAGCCCGGGCCCAUCGAUGCUGGAAAGUACACAGCGAUAGCUGUCAAUCCCUCAGGCCAGGACACAACCACAACACAGCUUUACGUAAAUACUCCUUUGGAAACCACUCCCAAAGAACCCAUGCACGAGGCGUUGGGUGUGGCGCCCAGCUUCUUAAGGGCCCCCCUCGUCCUGCCACCACCACACGAGAUUCACGGGACCACCAUCGAACCAACUGGCGUUUUCUACGCUUCCGAGGGACUCCCAGUGAAACUGGAAGUUCAAGUUCACGGUAUUCCCGAACCAAACGUCUCGUGGUUUUGUAAUGAGCGUCCCGUUCGUCCCGACUUUAAGCAUAAGAUACUUUCACUUCCCGAAUCCGUUCAUUGCCUCACGUUGGAAGCUCCGUUAGCGAACGCAGACAGUGGAACGUAUAGGUGUGUUGCCAGCAACUCGGUUGGAGUUAAGGAACUUAUCUUCCCCGUAAAAAUUCAACCCAAGGUUCAAGUAGUUCCCGUGCCGCCUAAAUUCAUUAGAAAGCCAGCUCCCAGCAUCACCACGACCGUCAGUCAACCGAUUUUGUUGGAGGCUACAUUCAAGGGCACUCCUACGCCAGUGAUCUCCUGGCACAAAGAUGGAAAACUAGUUCCUCCGACCGAAACACCCAGUAAUCGAAUCCAGAUACUUACCGACACUAAUAAGACAACGUUGUCGAUUGCUGAGGUCACCCCGGAAGAUGUUGGGACCUGGCAAUGUCUUGCCUCUAGCACAGCUGGAACAGCAACUUUCCGCACGAAAAUCAAUCUUGAAGUUCCGAAGCCAGUAUCUGUGGAGUCCCAAAAGGUGCUUUUCACCCCCAAGAAACGCACUUCUGUCACUGGACCAAGCGAUUCUCCCUAUCCUGAGAUUCGUCAGGCUCCAAAAUCCGUUGAAAUAGUUGAGGGCAACACUGCCCGAUUCUCAACCAUGGUCGUAGGAAACCCACAGCCGAUCGUCAACUGGUACAUCAAUGGUAUACGCGUUCAGCCCACACUGCCUCUUGAAGGACGUCUUGAAGAAGCCAGAGAAUCCAUCUACUUUGACGGCCUUCUUCACCAUCUUGAACUCCGUCAGUGCCGACAAGAAGAAAGUGGCGUUGUUACUGUCGAAGCACUACGAGCCGAUGUUCCAGAAGAGGUUUCGCGACUUGAACCCAAUGCCAUCGCAACAGCAUCAGCCAACUUGAAAAUUUUGCCAGCCCCUGGAAAGAUUCCACAACUGCGACCUGUCCAGAAACGUUUCGAAGAAGUGCCAUCCAUGGAAGAACCUGUCCCCGCCGGGCCAACCAUGAAACCACCCACAUUCACAACAGUGCUCCAUACGGUCACAGCUACUGCGGGCCAAAGUGCAGUUUUUGAAGUUGGUUUUGAUGGGGAGCCAGUUCCAGUGGUAACCUGGUUCAAGGACGGUGUAGAAGUAGACCGUCAGCUUUCAUGCGAGGUUACACAGACUCCGGAGAUGACAAGCCGACUCUUUAUCCCCUCGACACAUCCACGAGAUGCUGGUGUGUUCACUGCUGUGGCAGAGAAUCCGGCAGGGAAAGCAACGGUUACCUCGCGGUUGGUGGUCACGCCACAGAUCUCGGCGCCUACUUUCAUGGAGCCUAUGCCACCACAAAAGAAUGUCCUGAAGCCAGGAGAACAGGUUACCAUCGAAUGCAAAGUGGCUGGAGAGCCAAUACCACAUGUCUUCUGGGAGCACAACGGGGCUCCACUGGAGCAGUCUUCAAGGGUCCAACAAUUCGAUAAGCCUCCUUUCCACAAGCUAGUUAUCCAAGAAGUUCUUCCGGAAGAUUCUGGGCUCUAUCGAUGUAUCGCCGUGAACCCCCACGGACGAGCAUUAUUUGAGACCACCUUUGAUGUUGAACAAUCUCCACAGCAGCAGGUUCAGUCCUUGUGUCCACCAGUAAUUUUGCAAGGACCACAAGAUGCUCAAGUUCAGGAGGCUUCACCCGUGACCUUCGUCGCACAGGUAGCUGGAACUCCAAUGCCUGAAGUAACUUGGACUUUUAUGGGUGAGACAGCGAUUCGCCCAUCAGCGUACUUUCUGCCAUCGAUGACUCCUGACGGAAAAGCAGUCCUUCAAAUCACCAGAGUCUUAAAUGAAAAUGCAGGCGAGUAUACACUUCGAGCCACCAAUCCGGCAGGUGUGGCCGAAACUUCCUUCCGCCUCGAAGUAAUGUCUACUGACAAAGCCCCCGAGUUCAUAACUCCCUUCCCAGAAGAAACUAUGGAGCUUCCAGAAGGUAGUUCUCUCACGUUGGAUGUGGAGGCAAUCGGAAAACCAACUCCGCAGCUUGUUUGGAAGCGAAAUGGAACGCCGUUUUCUCCAACACCUGACAUUCAAAUCGCACAAGUUUCCUCAACACACCAUCGCCUGGAGGUAGCUGAACUCUUCCAAUCUGAUAGCUCUGAAUUCACUGUUGAAGCAAUCAACAAACACGGCAAGGCAAUCACCAGGACUAACAUUGUUGUCAGGCCAGAGCUGAAAGAGCAACCUCCAAUCUUUACGACGUGUCCACCCGCCCAGAUAACAGCACCUGAAGAAUCUACAAUUGAAGUUGAAUGUGCAGUGUGCGGGGUACCGAAGCCGAAGGUUCGCUAUUUCCACAAUGAUGUUGAAUUCAUACCCACUCGCGUUGAGUCACCCACACUGAUGAGUAAAUGCGAACUCAUUGUUGAUGAAGUCAAUGAACGAUACGUCCUACUCAUAAACAAACUUCGUGUCAAGGACGACGCCGGAGAAUAUAUGAUCCGAGCCGAGAAUGAGCUAGGCAUAACAGUCUGUAAAACUAUCCUAAAUUUGGAAUGCACUGGUCCUUCCUCUUCGUUGAGGUUCAUUCAACCUCUUCCUGAAAGAACUGUCGUCCAACCAGGUAGUCCAGUUACCUUGGGAUGUGAAGUGGCAGCAGAUGAAUCAGUCAAUUUUCAGUGGUACCUUAACGGGAUCGAGAUUCCGAGAACGGCUCCAGACUUUGUGAUCGACGACAGCGAGCCUAUGAGAUGCUCUUUUACCAUUCCAGAAGUUAAGUCAGAAAUGGUUCCAGGGAAGAUACAUGUCCAAGCGACAACGUCGAAUGGGGCUUCCGUUAAUUCGACCUCGAUUCUGGAGACGCAAGUCACCCCACAGGAUUACGUACCAUCGACUACUGUUCCCCUUCAAUUUGUUCAGCCCCUCCAACCGAACGUCAUGCCACACGUUGGUGAAGAUGUCGUACUGAUUACUGCCGUUGAAUCUGUUCCGCAUGCUGAAAUUACAUGGGUCGUCGACAACCCCGAAACGGCGAAACGCUGUGAAAUUGCUCCACUGAUUGACCAAUAUCAUCCAACAAGAACAAUUUCGCAGAUAACUAUUCAUGAAUUUAAUCCUCUGAUCGACGAUAAUGUAACCAUCAGGGCCAUCGCAAAGAAUCUAGACAAGGAAAUAACAACAUCCUGUGAACUUCAUGCUACACAGGAGAAAGAUAAACCAGAGAAGUUCAUUGCACAUUUCACUCGCAACUUAGAACCACUCGUUGAAGUUCGGGAAGCACAUAAAGUUGUCCUCGAAUGUGCUGUACAACCAACGGAAGCUCCUUUAGACUUUAAAUGGUACUUCAAUGGAAUAGAAGUGUCCUCAAAGUUGUUCAGUGAAAUCGUCAUUGAGAAAAGACGGUUUCAGUCUACCCUCACAAUUGAACGUGCGGAAACGAAAUGUACGGGCACGGUAAAUGUUGAGGUGGUCUAUCCUCAGGGUGAAAAAUUGCUGAGCACCUGUAAGCUGUAUGUGAUUCCUCAAAGUAGUGCUACGGAAGCCACAAAGACCCCGGAGGUUAUUGUGCCUGUUCCACUUCGUCUGGUUCAACCUCUUCAACCGACGAUGCAAUCUGCUGCUGGCGAAGACGUAGUUUUGGUAGUUGCAGUUGAAGCUAUACCUCAAGCAGAGAUUACCUGGACCGUAAGCCACCCGCAAACUGCUAGCCGCAGUGAGAUUGUAUCAUUGGUGGAUAACACCCAUCCAACAUUUACAAUUUCACAACUCACAAUUCGAGACUUCAAUCCACUCACUGAUGCAGCUGUGACAGUCCAGGCAACCGCUAAGACUCCAGAUAAGGAAGUUGUUACUACAUGUGAGCUACAGGAAAAAAAACCAGAUGUAUGUGAUGGAAGUCCGAAAGAGCACCCAGGACCAAAAACAAUAAUCGAUAAGAAAAUAGACGAAACGAAAAUUCCCGAGGAGGAGAUGGUGGAGGAGCGACCUGUUUUGGAGACUCCAAGUGUGCAGAUUUGCGAGCUUAAAUUCACCAAACCCCUCCAACCUGCCCUAACUCCCAACGAGGAGCGCAUUCUAGAUUUGGAAUGCGAAAUUCAGGCCGAUUUGAAGCCGAUAACCGUGAAGUGGACACACAACGGUCGAGAACUUCAGAGUUCGGAGCGCUACGAGGAGGUCUACGUUGAGGAGCAGGGUCUCGCUCGCCUAACCAUUCGAGAAUUCUCUCCCAAAGAUGUCGGUCAGUACUCUUGCGUGGUCAGUGGUGAAGUGAUAGAGCCAGAAACUGGUAUGCUUCGCAGCGCAAAAACAAUUAGCACCACAACAGUCGCGGAGAUAACGGGUGAGUGGGGUUAG